AUGACAGCGGAUGAGGCUUGGACGGAUCCACAGAAGGUGGCCAGAAUCCGGGCUACGACUGGAGAUUGUCAGGCAAACAGUGAUAGUGAGAGCUUGGAGGAAAGGAAUGAGAGGCAGGUGCUAGACCAUCCCGAUGAGAUCACCACAGACGCUCAAAUUGGAGUCCAAAAAGCCGAAGCUACGGCUUUGGUCUGGUCCAGAACUGCCUUGUACACAACAUAUGCCUGGAUCUGGUUGUGUUUCUUCGUUUUGUCAAUGCAGUCGUCAAUUGGCACUAAUGUUAUGUAUUAUGCCUACGCCAACUUCUCUUCGGCACCUCAAAUAUCUCAGGCUUUCAUUGUAUCGACCAUCGUUGGUGGAGUUCUUCAACUUCCUAUUGCAAAGGCUUUAAACGUAUGGGGCCGUGCGGAGGGCUUCCUUACGUUCCUGGCUGUCUUUAUUAUUGGUCUUAUUGUGAUCGCCUCUUGCAAUGGACCGAAUGGAUUUGCAGCAGGUUACACCCUUUAUUGGAUCGGUUAUACCGCCGUCAAUUUCAUUUUGAGUGUCUUUGUCGCUGAUGCAUCUGGGUUACGAAACCGAGCCUUUGUUUACGCGUUUAUCGGGACGCCCUCAAUCUGUACGGCCUUUGUUGGCCCACUCGCUGCCCAGGCAUUCAUAACCCAUUCUACCUGGCGUUGGGCUUAUGGCUGCUUCGGUAUCAUUACCUUGGUCAUCUUCGUGCCUCUUGCUCUCGUCUUCAAAUUUUAUCAACAUAAAGCCGAGAAGAUGAAUCUUUUCGUUCGGGUACCCAGCGGUCGAACCACUGCACAGUCCUUCGUUCAUUAUUUUCACGAAUUCGACAUCAUUGGCGCUUUCAUUCUUAUGGCGGCCUUUAUUCUUUUCCUUUUGCCAUUUAGCCUGAGCACCUAUGGCCUUACUGGAUACUCCUCCGCGACUUUUAUUGCCAUGGUCAUCGUCGGCAUCCUACUGUUCCCGGUCUUUGCCAUUUGGGAGCGAUUUUUUGCUAGAAUUGCUUUCAUCAAAUGGGAGCUAUUUAAGAAGCGCACAGUGGUGGGAGCCUGCAUCUUAUCGGCUGUGAUAUUCUUCAACUAUUACACAUGGGAUCAGUACUUCUACUAUUAUGUUCAGGUUGUCUAUAAUCUUGAUACCUCAAAGACUGGAUACAUGACACAAAUUUAUGGUGUUGGAUCGACCAUAUGGGCUGUUCUCUUUGGAGUCGUGAUUCGCCAGACCAAACACUUCAAGAAUCUAUGUUUAUUCUUUGGCGUGCCACUGUUUGUACUUGGUGCCUCGCUAAUGAUAUAUUUCCGCGGAUCCCAAAGCGACAUUGGAUACCUAGUCAUGUGUCAAAUAUUCAUUGCCUUUGGAGGUGGGACCCUGGUCAUUGGGGAUGAGAUGGCUGUUAUGGCUGCUGCAGACCGGGAUGGUGUCCCAUUAAUGAUCGCCAUUAUCAGUCUGGCCUCCAGCUUCGGGGGUGCAAUCGGCUACGCCGUUGCAGUCGCAAUUUAUUCCAACACCUUCCCCCAGGCCUUGCUCAGCGCGCUUCCUGACUCUGCCAAGGCUGAUUAUCAAACAAUUUACGUCGGCGGCUCAGCGACUCAGCUUCUGUAUCCGCCUGGUAGCGAGACAAGGAUUGCGAUCAACUAUGCGUGGGCACAUAGUCAAAAGUACCUGUGUAUCGCAGCAGCAGUUAUUGCAGUUCUUGCUUUCCCAGCAGUCGCUAUAUGGAAAAAUUACAACGUCGACAAGAAGCAGGUGAAGGGUAAUGUUAUCUAG